GACUGAUCAACUGUGAAAGGACAGCAAACUCCCAGACAGCUGCAUCCCUGGUAAAAUUUUGAAUAACAAACGAAAACAUUCACUACAGCUAAGAAAAAUAUGGACAAUAGUAAGCAAACUGUUGUUGUAACAGGGUUUGAGCCAUUUGGAGAGCACACUAUUAAUGCCAGUUGGGUAGCAGUACAGGAACUGAAGAAGCUGGGCCUGGGAAAGGAUAUAGACCUGCAUGUGUAUGAGGUGCCUGUUGACUACCAGGCAGUCCAGAGUUUGAUUCCAUCACUAUUGAAGCAGUAUCAUCCUCAGUUAGUGGUCCAUGUUGGAGUCUCAGGUAUGGCCACCACCGUUACCUUAGAGAAAUGUGGCCGUAACCAUGGCUACAAGGGUCUGGACAACAGCCGCUUCUGUCCCCAUUCUCAGUGUUGCAUUGAGGGGGGCCCAGACUGCAUUGACUCUGUUAUUGACAUGGAAUCGGUCUGCAAAAGAGUGACAGCCUCUGGACUAGGAGUAGCAGUCUCCGUCUCUCAAGAUGCUGGCAGAUACCUCUGUGACUUCACCUACUACACCUCUCUGUACCUGAGCCAUGGGCACUCGGCAUUCAUCCACGUGCCUCCCAUAGAGAAGCCUUAUAGUGGAGUGGACUUGGGUAGGGCCCUCCAAGCCAUCAUACAAGAGAUGUUGGACAUGCUCAACCAACCCAAAGAGAAGAUCCACUGCCAGCGUGUGCACUAAUUUACCUGUGAAAGCCAACUGCCUUUAACCCCUUACACACACGAGAGAUUAUGCACUUAACCACAACUAGCCAAACAAUGUUUUUGUUUCAUUACCUCUUCUGGUGCAAAUUCAAA